CCUAAAACAGCGACAUUUUAAUCUGACGUUUGACUUUGAUUUUCUCCGAAAUUUAUUAAUUACCGGCAGAGUAAUUUUUCGUUGAAGACAGUUGUUUAUUCGUACAUACAAUACUUGUAUGUUUCCAUUAACAUGGAAAACGAUAUAUUGGAUUCAUUAAACGAUUUGGGGUAUGAAGGCCCUCUCACAGAUGAAGCCACCUUCGCCAAGGCCCUGGAUGGUGGACCGAAGUCACUGGACUUCACAAAAUUGGUCCACAUAUUAGCCGAAGAGAUUAAAAGUCUGUGCAAUUUGGAGGAGACGGUGAACAUGAUGAAUGAUCCCGAUGAAUCCAGCUCAUUCCUACUCGAGCUAAGUUCCUUUUUGAAGGAACUCAAGUGUCCAUAUAAGAAAUUGGUUACAGGUCACAUGUCUUCCCGCCUACAGACAAAAGAGGAUCGGCUGUUGCUACUAGAUUAUUUAAUAUCGGAACUGAUGGCUGCAAGGAUGGUCAAUGUAGACGGUCCUAAAGAUAAGCAGGCGGCUGGCAUGGAAAUUGUAGUUCAAGAAUCUCCAACAGCGAGGGACCUAAAGAACAUCUUGAUUGCAUUGAAAUUUAACAAACCACCUCCAAAUAUUACGGCUGAGAUGUUGUUCGCUAAACUUGAAGCUAAACUCAAGGAGACCAUACAGAAAGAAGGCAACCAGCUGGUGGGCAAACCUUUGUAUAACAAGGCACUAUCGGAGAAGGAAUGGAAGCAACUGGAGAGUGCCUUCAACGAAAUGUUUGAGGAGUAUCGGCUGAGGAGGGAAACACUCAUCACUCGUUUGGAGUGCACUAUACAGAGUUUUGAGUGGUCGGACCGUCUCAAAACGAAGAGAGAUGUAAUUCAGUCAACUUAUCGUCCCAAACGAGAAUCUUUGAAAGUCAAGCCGGACGUCAAACUGGCCGACUUCUUAGCAGCUAGGACUUCAUUGUUGCAAGUAGAGAAGACGUCAAACGCAUCAGUAAGGAAGAAUACUCAAACCGAUGUCAACAAAGUUAUUAUUGGUCAGAUAGAGGGGGCAGGCCCAAUGAACAACAACCCCCUCCCCCAGAAAUGCCUUCGUGGACGCAGAGAAAUGCUGGCGGCGGUGGCGGCGGCGGCAGAGGUGGUAGGGGGGGUGGCAACUUCAACUCCAAUUCCAGCUUCAACAACUCCAAUUCCAACUUUAACAACUCCGGCCCAAGUGGAGGAGGAGGGGGACAGGGGGGACAUGGAGGACGCGGGGGACGAGGGGGGCGCGGGGGACGGGUGCAGGGCGGAUAUAGCCAGGGGGGCGGAGACCAUGGCAGGCCCCAACAAAACAGAAACUACCAGACGUACGAGGUUCCCCCGGGUGGUUACAGCAACCAGAACCAGUACGGCCAGGCACACACAUACGAGCCAGACCAGAACUACAACCAACAUAACCAGGGCUACAGUGGUUAUAGCCAAGGUGGUUACGACAGUAUGGGCACCUAUAAUCAGGGGUAUCAAGGUGGCGGCGGCGGCGGCGGCGGUGGCUACAAAAAACCGUACCAAAAUAAUCAACAAGGCUACCAACAUAACCAGGGCUAUCAGCCCAACCAGGGCUAUCAUCAGCCUAGAGGUGGCUAUCAGAAUGAACACGACGAUAGAGACAGACGUGGCCGAGGAGGCUACAGGGGCGGCAGACGUUGAUCUUCAUCAGUAACAUGUUUUAACAGCGCAUACUACUUAUAAAU